GGUUUAGAGUCUACCGUAAAUAUUCUUACCCGUGUGUAAUUUUUUCUUAUUCUUUAAUUUAAAAACGUUCAAAAUGCCUGACUAUCUUGGUAAAGAUCAGAGAAGGACUAAAGAGGGAGAAGACGAGGAAGAAAAGCCAAUUACAAGUCUUGACGAAGGAGACAUUCAAAUACUCAAGACUUAUGGAACAGGUCCUUAUGCAAAGCCAAUAAAAAAGAUAGAAGACGACAUACAGGACCACAUAAAGAAAGUGAAUGAGUUAGCAGGGAUAAAGGAGUCUGAUACUGGACUGGCUGUACCUUCACUUUGGGAUCUUCCUGCUGAUAAACAAGCACUCCAGAGCGAAGAACCUUUACAAGUGGCAAGAUGUACUAAGAUCAUUGAUGCUGAUACUGAUCACCCGAAAUACGUGAUUCAUGUUAAGCAAUUUGCUAAAUUUGUCGUUAACUUGCACAAGAACUUAGCACCAACUGAUAUAGAGGAAGGGAUGAGAGUUGGGUGA